AUGCUGCAUUGUUGGUCCUACUUACCACGCCUCCGACCCACUUUCCUGGGCUUGGUGGCACUUCUUGGCCCUCGGUUUGGCGACUCUGAUUUUCGGCUUGCCAGCUAUUUUUAUGAAGGAUGCCUUUUGCCGGAACUGGGGUUCAAGAGCUCUUCUGCUACUCAUGACCACCGUAAAGAUGCGUUCGACCAUAACACCGGUGGCAAGAAGGUUGCAAGUCAUAUUGGCGUGUGUCCCCGAGUGAGACGAGGCGAAUUCAACGCCUCAAAGACUGAAUCUGAGCCGCCGGCUAUCAUGCUUGCCCGCCUUGGCGACCCUCUUCUUCACGAUGCUAGCGAACUUGCUUCCGCCCUAGCGGCAGUCCUCGUCCGCAGAUGCAUCGUCUCCGUGGGCCGUCAGGCGGCCAACUCACUUCCGACCAUUUCUGACCCUUUUUCCGGUACCAAUGGUUUUUAUUUUGGCCCGGACACCAUCAAGGACUCAUUGAGGCCGAAGGCUGAGGAAUGUGUACCUCUGCAGUUUAUGGCCGAUCUGGAGGAUUUGGAUCCUGAGGCUGACUACCUCCGGCUAAGUGAACAAGUAGCCGGAAAUCGCUGCCCUAAACCUCAGUCAAUGCUCACUCCUACUCCAUCUGUCGACCAUUUGGUUUUAGACCCGAUUAAUGCUUUGUCGGUACAUGAUGUGUCGGUAAGUUGA